UGGUAAGGUCAUACUCAUUGUGACGCUGGAAAUUGGAUUCGGCUUUUUUAUGAUGGAUUUGUCGCCAAACAACCAGAUCGAGGACAGAAAACCCAUCCUAACCGCCGACGGCUUGGUGCAGACUUCCAACUCCCCCUUCGAGCCGACCAUAUCGCAGGAGACGCAGACAUCCAACGGAAUCGGGGGCCAGUUGACCGUGGACCAGUUGGACAUCGAGAUUCUGCCCAUAAUCUACGACAUUGUGCGCUGCGUGGAGAAGGAUCCUCUGGAGAACGCCGUGAAGCUGCGCGAGUCCCAGGAUUGCAAUCACAAGAUCUUUGAGCUGCAGAAGCGCUUCGAGUCCGCCCGCGAGCAAAUCCGCCAGCUGCCCGGGAUUGACUUCAACAAGGAGGAGCAGCAGCAGAGAUUGGAACUCCUGCGAAAUCAGCUUAAGCUCAAGCAGCAGCUGAUACGCAAGUACAAGGACACAGAGUUCUAG